AAAUUUGUCGCAGUAAUGUGGAUUUCGGCAAUAGCAUUGGCUCUUACUGAUGUGUAUGCUCCAUACAGCUCGAUUAAGGAAGAUCCUCGUGUAUGGACAACAGGAGAAAGAGCUCUUUUUUGGUCACUAAAAUGGUCCAUCUGGGGUUUGUGCAUUGCUUGGCUCAUAUUUGCUUGUCACUAUAAGUACGCAGGUGGGUAUGACAAAUGAUAAGUAAGAGAAACAAUUAAUAUUUUUCUCUACAGUCCAAGAUAAAGGCAUAUAUAUUAAGGUCUGACUGUUCAGCAUUUUGGAAAGCAUGCAUACUUGUUAAGAAUAAAACAACUUUUGAUUUGGUGUUAUGAUUUCUACUAAAAUUUAAGUAAGGCAAAAAUUAAAACCUAAGAAUAAAACUGAAAUUAAAAUUCUUAUUUGCAAGCCCCUUGAUUUAAUUAAUGUCAAGAAAAAAUAAUUAUUGGAUUUUUUGAAAUAUAUGCGAUAUAUUGCAAUUGGUCGAGUAUAUUUUCUGCCAUUCGCAAUAUCAUAAAGUGUAUUUAUCGCGUGCAUUGAAUAAUCUAAUUGUCUUAAGCGAUAAUAGGGCAUGGCCGAAACUUAACAGUUUUCGAUUUAAGUCUCUGGUGAUAAUUCUCCUUGUAAAUUAAUAAUGCGUCUGUAUAUUUGGAAGUGAGGAAAAACAACAUCAAAGGCAAAUGGUGUCGCCCCCUUUCGGCACUUAAUUCUGACGAACCUGUCGGUAUAGUUUAUAUCGUUUGGUCUCUGUAUUAUCUUGCUCAAUGAAAAAAUACGAGCCUGCGGGAGGUAUCUUAGCAUGGUUCCAUAAAAUAAUCUUUUUGACGGUUAAUUUAUUCAUACUCAAAACUUGUUUAUUUUCUUGCCUGAUAAUAUUACUUCAACUUAGAAAACAAGUAUAUUUCUUGUUCUUGAUGCAACCUUUUACCUCUACGAAUUCACAAGCAAUUAAACAGGAAUUGCUUAAGUUGGAUUGCUGUCUGUUAGCCACGGCUCUUUCACGAGCGUGUUCGUUUUAAUCGACGACAAUUAGAUUUUUUCUCAAUGAUUUUGUAGCUAAUAAUUUUGUGCCAGGAGAAAAUUGCUGUGAAUGCUUACGAACAGGACUUGCUCUCUCCGGAAUGACGGCUUCAGACACCUUUCUCUUCCCUGCAUCGCUCGAAACUUUGACAUUUACAUCACGGUUGACCGCUGUCGAAACUAAUUUGUACGUAUCCAUGGGAUUUCGCAGCUUUCUCGCACACGGACUGCAAACUACUUGUGACGACGAUGGAGUCUGCUCUAGCGCUAUUCCUACAGACUUCAAUUUUCUUUAGCCGACAUCCGUAUAUUAUUUCGUUUUGAAAUUUGCGAACGUAAAGCAAUCUAUAUUAUUUCAUUUUGACAAGUAAUGAAGUAAAUUUGCAAACGUAAACAAUCUGUGUGAUUGGCCAAUUUUGACAUCUGUUGAAAGUGGGCGUAGCCCGCAGGCUAAGUGGGCGGCAGUGGCAAAACAAUAGAUCUCGUGCAGGCUCUCCUUUCUCUGAGAGCCGCUACGCAGGCUACAUCGUAGUACUUUUCAAAACCGUUGUUAACAAGCGCACGCGCGAAUGGGAAGCUGCACUUCAGUGGAUUUCGCUGCCUGUAAAUAAGCUACCCAUGCCACUAUUUUCCCUUUAUCAGGCUAUAACAAUAUCUUAUCUCUGUUCUAGGUUUGGUAAAGGACAUCCUUGCUGCAAAAUUCUGGAUUCCCUUAAGUCGCAUAAAUUAUGCUGCAUAUAUCAUUCAUUUUGAUGUGAUAUUGGUUCUGAUUUACAACAUUGAGACUCCUAUUCAUUACACAUCGUUUACAACGGUAAGAGUGUAAUGCCUAAAAAUGUCAACUAGAAACACAUGCAUGCGUGAUGCGUAUCCAGGGCGGGGAUCAGGGGGCCCGCCUUCCGCCCUGGCAAAAUUUUGGCCCCCCUGAGAAAAUUUAUUUUAUAAAAAUAAGUGAAGCCUGGCCCCACAUAGAUUUUUGCUGCCCCUCCCCCUACCUGACCAAAAAUCCCAUCUACACCACUGAUGCAUGCACCACAUCUUCACCUUUCUACCUCUCGUGGGUAAUUUAAAAACUUACAUACUUGCAUCUACAUUUAAAUUCGGCAUAUACUGUAAAACCAUUUAUAUUGGAAAAAAUUAAACAGAAGGAAUGACAUAAGCAAUCAAAAUAAACUUGGUUAAUAUUUCACGAUUUCCCGUAAUAAAUCAUUUCUUCAAAAAAGAAUGCUUCACAGUUCAUUUGAUUAAGUGAAAGUCAUUUCAAAUGUUGCUCGUUCUUGCUCGUUCAACUAUUUUUGUCCCUUUUGAGAUCAGUAUGCACCAUGCAUCUUAAAACAGAGCUAUGCGUAUUGCAUACAAAAUCAAUGAUGAACUUUUCAAUUGCCUUGCUAUCCUUUUCCCAGGCGUAAGAAUAGAGCGGACAUUGAAAGAAAAGUUCAGGAAAACGAAAGGGAUAAAUUUAAGCUUGCUAAUGAGGGAAAUUUGAGUUUUAUCCGGAUAUUAAACCAACAAAAUCUAUCUGGUUUUAUCGAGUAUUUUACAUUUAUUUGUGGCGAAAAUGUGAGGAAAUUCCGUUUUAUAUCGUGGAAAAUCGGAUACACGGACGAAAACACUAAAUGUAAGCACAUUUUUUUACUAAACGAUCGGCUGCGGUUUCGCCAAACAUUAAAUUAAGAAAGCCACAACGUAUACGGUGUUUAACGUAAACAGUGUUUAUAGGUAUUCUUUGGAGGUAUUUCUAAUGAAUAAAAUUACUAAAAACAUGUAAAUACUGUUUCCUUUUUUACAACGCAAAUUAUUUUCAAAAUUAAAAUAUUUUUGUUAUACUUUCACUAAAAGUAAAAAUACUUUCGUUACUUGCACCAUAUUCACCUCACUUCGGUGAAUAAAUUGUUAACCGUAGGUUAUAGUCACCUUGCAAUAAUUAAAUUGUUGUCUAAACAAUGACUACAGGUUAAAUUAAUUCAGUCGUCGAUUUUUCAGCCAAAUUCUCUGUCAAACGUUGCUUUGCAGGAACCGUGGAGCCCCUGGAUAAAAAAUUACCGGAUAAAAUCCAGCCUGCCUGCGUGGCAUUGCUCCCGUGCUAUCCUGCCCCUCACUUUUAAACAGGCUCCGCGGUCCCUGCUUUGUAGGUUUUCUUAAUUUUAUUUCACUCUUAUUACCUAUUUUCAUUUUUGAUGCUUGUUUGUUUGUUUGUUUGUUUGUUCGUACGUGCGUGCUUGCUUGCUUGCGUGCGUGCGUGCGUGCGUGCGUGCGUGCGUGCGUGCGUGCGUGCGUGCAGCCCAGUUAGUUCAAUACUGUGAAGAAUAUUUCAGUAUAUUUACUGCAGCUUUUGUCCUGUCUAUGACGUCAUGUGUUUAAGUUUAUUUACAUUGUAAACAAAAUCGAAGACUGCAGAUAUUGAACUAUUAAUAAAUAUUUUUGAUAUAGAUUUAGACAAAUAUGAUAGCGAUAACAAAUUUAUUAAAGAACGACGUUUCGAAGUCAUCUUGACCUCAUUUUCAAGUUCAAAUUAUAACAGAAAACGAUUAAAUUAAUAUAAAUAGCGUUUACAUAAUUGCGCAAGCAAAUUAAUUCGUCAUACAUGACAUUUGCAAUUUUAAACUUAAUUAACAUAAUUAGAAAAUUAAACAUGCAAAUUGAUAACAAACAAUUAAACAAACAAUAAAACAACACUAGACGAACAAUUAUGCUAAUAUAGAAUGUUAAGUAAAUAGUUUUGAGCGUAUCGAGUCCGAUUGUUUGUUUAAACUAGGUUUAAGAUCUUUAAUAAAUAACAUUUAUUUAGGCGAACAUGUAUUUAAGCGAAAUUGACUGGUCUUUCCUUGACUCACCCAAAUCCGUUGAGGUGAAAAACCAACUGUUCACCGAUGUGCUAUCCUUUGGAUUAUUCUAUAUAUUGCCUGAAAAACGCCUUUUGGUUCAUUCCAACGACCACCCGUGGAUCAACGAGGAUCUGCAUCGUCUCAUAGAACUUCGACAGCGUGCCUUUUUCUUCAGGAAUGACACCCUCUUCAAAUUCUAUCGAAAUAGGGUUAAUAGGAAAAGGAAAAGUUGCAAGGCUAAUUAUUAUAAGACAAAAGUAGAUAAUUUAAAACAAUCUAACCCGAAACACUGGUGGCGCGAAGUAAAAUGCAUUAGUGGAAUGGUUUCACAUUCAAGCCUCCAGGAUUGUAUCCAAUCAGAAAACUUAGAACACCUGCCCUUGGCCGAUUUGGCUAAUGCUAUUAACAACGCCUUUCUAGAACCCAUGCAGGAAUUUGAUCCUUUCAACCCUAAUGACGACCAAAUCAAUAGUAUGUCUGAUCCACCUCUUGACAUCACUACACCGUGGGAAACAUAUAAUAAACUUAAAUUACUAAGUACCUCUAAAGCACCAGGUCCUGAUGAAGUUCCGAAUUUUGUAUACAAGGAAUAUGCCGAGAUUUUGGCAUGCCCAAUCUCUAGCUUGAUCAACUGUUCACUCCGCCAUCAAUUAUUACCAAGCUUAUGGAAGUUGUCGAACAUUAUCCCAAUUCCAAAGGAAAAGGUUGUAUGCCACAUUAAUAAACACUUAAGACCCAUAUCUCUUACUUGUUGUCUCUCAAAACUGGCUGAAGAAUUUGUCAUUGAAAAGUUUGUCGCCCCUGCCAUCCUGAAAUGCAUCCACUCUCACCAGUUCGGAGGAAUACCAAGGUCAUCUUCAACUAUUGCCCUUAUUGGUAUGUUGCACAACUGGGCUAAAGCAACCGAUGGUACUGGAAAUUCCGUGCGAGUCCUUCUGGUCGAUUACAGGAAGGCUUUUGAUCUUAAUGAUCACUCAAUCUUGAUCAACAAAAUUCGCCAACUGCCCAUCCCAAUCUAUAUCAUAAAUUGGCUUAUUAGCUUUUUGUGUGGUCGGAAACAGCGCGUGAAACUUGCAAGGGACUGUGUUUCUGAGUGGGGUAAUGUCCCUAGUGGCGUCCCACAGGGCACAAAGUUGGGACCUUGGUUGUUUAUUCUCAUGAUAAACGAUUUGAAGCUUAUGGACAUCACCCACUGGAAAUACAUCGAUGAUACAACAGUCUCGGAAACUAUCCCAAGAAACGGAACCAGCCAAAUCCAAUCUGGAGCUAACGAACUUGAAAUGUGGAACUCGCAGAACAAAUUCCAAUUGAAUGUCCAAAAAUGCAAAGAGCUUUUGUUUCAAUUCCACAGAAAUAGAGUAUCCUUUGAUAAUAUAGUCCAUCUUCUUGCGGGGUGUCCAAACCUGGUUCGCCAAGCUAAAAUUCUAGGUGAUACGGUUAGUGAUGAUUUAAGAUGGUCUACGCAUGUCCUAAACAUAAUAAAGAAAGCCAACAAGAGAAUCUUCUUCAUAGUCCAAUUAAAACGAGCUAAAAUACCAGCCAAAGAAAUUCUAAACUUUUAUUGUUGCUGUGUCAGACCGAUUCUGGAGUACGCUUGUGAGGUAUUUCACUUUGCUCUGCCUAAGUAUCUCAGUGAUAACAUAGAACGAGUCCAGAGAAGAGUUACAUCCAUAAUCUUUCCCGGUUUGUCUUACAGCGAGCGUUUGGACAAAGCUAACUUGACACUCUUAAGCGAUCGUCGAAGGCAUGCCUGCUCCAAACUAUACAAUCAGAUAACUAAGGACCCUGCACACAAGUUGUCGAAUUUGUUUCCUGCACGUCCACCUAUCACCAAUGACUUGCGUAGUAUACGUGUCUUCCAAACACCAGUGAUUAAAACUGAUAGAUUUUUAAAAACAUUUAUUCCUUCUUGUAUUAAAGAAUUCUCUUAAGCCUAAUCUUCGUAGUUUUAACUUUGUAAAUACAUAAUUUAUUUUCUGAGUUACACACUUUAACAUAUUUGUAACGUUCUUUUAUAUACUUUUUUAGAUAAACUUUGUUCUCAUAAUUACCAUUGUUGUAAAGUAACACGCAAUCCAGUCGUAUUCGGCUGCAAUGUGUUUUCUUAUUAAAUCUAUCUAUCUAUCUAUCAUUUCAUAGAGUAAACACUCGAACUUUCCCCGACAUUUUCUCAAUACCUUAAAAUUUUUUCCGAUGUUCUUUGCGUCCUCGCCAUGCUGUUGAACCAUAUGUUCUCCGACAACCGAUGACUUGUGUUCAUCAAUGCGUUGAUGUAAGUGUCGGCAAGUGUAACCGACAUAAUCUGCGUCGCACAGAUCACAUUUGAAUAAAUAAACAACACAUUGCUGAUUCACAAGGGGUGGUUUCGUUCCUGCUGCUGGGAAGUCUGCGGCAAUCUUUCUGCUUGUGUAGACCGGUUGUAUUUGUCUACCGAUGGUCUUACUGAGGUUACGCAACUGUCGCCUCACCGAGUCUGCUGAUUUCUGGUCUUUAAAUGGUAGCAUUACAUGUACCACGUUUUCUUUGAUGUUUCUUUCCUCGGCUGGAUGAUCGUCGCUGGAUGAUCGUCCUAGACCUGUGUCAGCGAAGGAUAUACAAGCAUCCUUUGAACGUGCGUACCGAACACUUGAGCACAACCUAGAUGAGGAUAAGAAAGAACUAACUGUAGCAACGUUACGAUCAAUUGCUCUGAACUAUAUUGAACGGAGAAAUACAUCACCGCCAAAGACGUUGCUUCGAUCGAUAAACCAACUUAAGAAACGAGACGAUAUCGUUAUCACUAAACCAGAUAAAGGAACAGAGAUUGUCGUAAUGGAUAAGUCCGAAUACACCAAGUUGCUAAACGAAGCAUCGAUCAACAACACGGAAAAGUUCAAGAGCGUGAGUUUGGAAAGACCAAAGUCGAGAGGAAGACCUGUCAAACAUUACCACCCCCUACUUAGAAAAGAAAAAGAGCUCGAGACCGCCGUUAGAAAGAUCCUACCCAAAGAAAUAGCUGACUCAAUUUGCCAAAAAGGUUCCCGCCUCGCACACCUUUACGGUUUACCUAAGACACAUAAACCUCAGCUAGCAAUGCGACCAAUACUAUCAGCAACGGGAACUUACAACUUCAAGCUAGCCAAGUGGUUGGAUGAGAAAUUGAAAUUCCUUUCGAUUAACAAGUACACCGUUUCCGACCCACUAUAG